CACCACCUAAUCCUUUCUUUCUUUCUUCUCCUUCAAUUCUGAAAACUCUCCUCUCCAGAUUUCAAGAAACCCUUAAAAUCCUCUCUCUGUCUCUUUCUGUUUGUUUGUUUUCUUGUUUCCUUCUCUCCUCUUUUUUGUCUCCUUUCCAUUUUGCACUCCCAGGUUUUUGCUCUUGACUUCCAAAAAGACUCUCUCUUUCGGGUUUUGUUUUGGAUUCUUAAGGGCUCUUUCUUAAUAGUGCGUGUUUUUGUUGUUGUUUUUGCUCUCUAAAUGAUUACUGAGCUUGAGAUGGGGAAAGCUGAGAGUGAGCUAGAACUGGGUCUAGGGCUCAGUCUUGGCGGUGGAACGGCGUCCAAGAUUGGUAAAUCAGGCGGUGUCGGCGGCAGCGGCGCGUGGGGAGAGCGUGGAAGGCUUUUGACUGCAAAGGAUUUCCCUUCUGUUGGCUCUAAACGAGCUGCUGAUUCUGCUUCUCAUGCAGGUGCAUCUCCUCCUCGUUCAAGCAGUCAAGUUGUGGGAUGGCCACCUAUUGGAUCUCACAGGAUGAACAGUUUGGUUAAUAACCAAGCUGCAAAGUCGGCGAGGGAAGAAGAAGAAGCUGGUAAGAAGAAAGUGAAAGAUGAUGAGACUAAAGAUGUCACGAAGAAAGCGAAUGGGAAAGUGCAAGUUGGGUUUAUUAAGGUGAACAUGGAUGGAGUUGCGAUAGGAAGGAAAGUGGACUUGAAUGCUCAUUCUUCCUAUGAGAAUUUGGCGCAGACACUGGAAGAUAUGUUCUUUCGAAAUAAUCCGGGUACUAUCGGGUUAACGGGUCAGUUCACUAAACCGUUGAGGCUUUUAGAUGGAUCGUCUGAGUUUGUACUUACUUAUGAAGACAAGGAAGGAGAUUGGAUGCUUGUUGGUGAUGUUCCAUGGAGAAUGUUCAUAACGUCGGUGAAAAGGCUUCGAGUGAUGAAAACCUCUGAAGCUAAUGGACUCGCUGCAAGACAUCAAGAACCGAACGAGAGACAAAGAAACCAACCGGUUUAGCUAUCUUUUCGACACUACGUUGUUACAGGUUUUUCUUUUUUUUUUGGGUUUUUGCAAGUCUAAGAUACUUCUGAAGCAAGCAUAAGGAAGAAACAGAAGCUAGAUUGAUCUUAUCCAGUAUGUGUAUGUUUCUUGGUUCUUCUAAUGGUUUGUCCUGGUUUUUUUCUUUAGGGUUUUUUUUUGGCCUGUCUUUUAUUUUAUUUUUCGGUUGCGAUUUCACCAUAUACUAUGGAAGAGAAUGCUCUUUAUUUCUUUUACAACACUGUAAAUAUUUGAAGCUUAUCUAAUAUCGUGUUUUAAGGGUUUUGUUUGUGAA